AUGCAGCUCACGGCUGGCGUAGCCCAACGCACACCUUGCUUCUGGCUGUCGAACAUGUCUAUCCGAUACUUGACUGCGCGAGCUGCUCAGCAGAUCGACGAAGAGCUGAUGAGCGCCGCGGGCGCGUUCAGCCUCGAUCAGUUGAUGGAACUUGCCGGACUCGCGUGCGCUCAGACUCUUGCUACUGUGUACAACAAGGAGAAAUAUCCGCGUGUACUCGUGUGCUGUGGACCAGGAAACCAGGGUGGUGAUGGACUGGUUGCUGCUCGACAUCUCGGUAUGUUUGGGUAUAGACCGUCGAUCUGGAUGCCCAAGCCUGGAUCGAAGGACAUUUACAAGCGCCUGCACGACCAAUGCAAAAACAUGCACAUCCCGACCCUCGAACCCUCCGCCGACGCCCUGAAAGACGCUCUCCCCUCACACGACGUGAUCCUCGACGCGAUCUUCGGCUUCUCGUUCAAGCCGCCCGUGCGCGCGCCAUUCGACUCUGCUCUACCUCUGCUAUCCGAGUCGAAGCUGCCGAUCGUGUCGGUGGACAUUCCGUCUGGGUGGGACGUCGAGAAGGGGAACGCGGAGGGUGUUGGGCUGGAGCCUGAUGUGCUCGUCAGUUUGACGGCGCCGAAGGAGGGCGCGAGAGGGUUCAAGGGGAGGCAUUUCCUAGGCGGUCGCUUUGUACCAAAGACGCUCGAGGAGAAGUUCGAACUGAACAUCCCGCCGUAUCCCGGCUUUGCACAGAUCGUGGAACUACCGAAGCUGUAG